UUUGGUUUUUUUACUCAAAUAGUUGAAGAAGUCUAACGUUUGAUAUUUCAUAAUUAUCAGGAAUUCGUUUUUUUUGCAGGAUGCAUGAAUAACUUUCUUCAUGCUUCAUACACCUGUAGAACGUGGGAUUUUAUAUGUUGGAGUUAAUCUACUUGCGUUUACUCUAUUUAUAUCAUAUGAUUAAGUAUUUCUACAAGCCAAAAUGGUGACAGUGGUUUUAUUACUAUAUUUUACAGGCAGAUAAAAUUUAAAUAGUCAGCGAUUAUCCAGAAAGACAUGAUCAGUGCGUUUAUUUGUUAGCCAGGUAUCCAUAUCUGCCUCUGUCUCUGAAUCUCUGUUUGCAGCUGCAGAAGCAGAAGAGUGGCUUUUUCUAGAGAGAUUUGAAAAGCUAUUUAUAGAUCUCUGCCAGAGCACCAAGCACUGUGCUGUUGCUGCUGCUCCUAUCUCUCUCUUCUCUUAACCACUCCUGUAUCUCCAUGUCUCUAUCUUCAUUUGUCCCUCUCCUUUCCACGUUCUCUUUGUUUUCCGAGCUUCUAUUCUCUUACUGUUUUCACCGCUUUUCAAUCUUCUGCUUCCAUAUCUAUCGUUCAUUGCUAGCUUUUGAUGUAAAUUAUUGAUCAGAGCAGGAGGGAGGGGACUGGUUGCUUGGCAGUAAGUCUGGCCUCAGAUUGGAUAUAGGUGCGUGAGUGACUUCGGACUCAUUGCUGCAAACCUGGAGGGUUUUCGCAUGACGGUUCAAAGGAAGAGAAAACAGAACAAAUGUGUCACAUGUUGAAAUUCACCAUUGGAUCACAGGAUUCCAGCAGGGGUUCACAAAGCAUCUGUUUUGUUUUCAGGUAUAGAUUUAUUACUUGUAUGACAAGAAGCCGAAUUUAUUAAAACGUUUGGGCCAAAACAGGCUUCAUUUAACCUAUGCCUGAUCCAAAGUCCAUUAAGAAACUAGUUAGUUCCAAACAAUCUUAUUUAGUAAUGACUUUUAUGGGCCUGUUUGAACAUAUUCCAUGUAAACUAGAAUGACACUCAGUAGAGCACAUACCUCUGCCAAGGCCCAACAGUCCCCUUAAAUUUAAACCACCUGAACAUUUCACAAACGCAUAGAUAUCAGUUCCCUAAAUGUGCCAAAUUUUUUAAAAUCAAGAUCCAUGAAUUAUUCCCUGGGGAAAUGGUGAAUAUGUUAAAAAAGGCCCCAGAUGAUAAAGAAAGUAAAAACAACUAAGACAAGUCCUUCAUUCACCCCCUGAUUCGGAUCUGCACCAAAAUUGAAUGGGUUGUUUCCUGAUCCAAACCACAUCCUUCCACCAAGUUUUGGGGAAAACCGUGCAUUACAAACAAACCAAGAAACAAACGGACAGGGGUGAAAACAUGACUUCCUUGGUGGAGGUAAGAACUAUUUCCCAGUGUUUCCUAAUAGCUUUAACUCAGUUAUAUGAUGCGUGUAGUGACUGAAGCACCUUGUCAGGUAACUGUGCUCACGAACGGUUUAUCUGUGAUAUCUCUGGCCACUGAUCCUUGCUCAGCUCAUCCCUGUUCUCUACCUGUCUACUAAGCCCUUUAAUGUCUUCUCUUACUGUCCUGUAAGAGACUACAUGGCUGCCCAGAUGCAGAAGCUGUUGGACUUGGAUUGAGGCAUUAGGUGGCAUUAGUGUUUGCUUUCCCAUUUAUUCCAAUCAUGUGGUCAGUGUGAGACUAACAGGCCAUGCUACAAUUGCAGUCAUUGUUUUUCUUUUUUCAUUUCAACAUGGCUAGGUAUUUUCAUACGAAAAAGAGAUUUGUCCAUUUCAAAUGAUGUUACCAUCACUACCCACAUACUUCCGUGCGUCAUGCGUUGUCAUGGUGGUUAAGUAAUGUCAAAAGUAGAGGGCAGAGCAGAGUUGAGAAUUUCUGACAACGACAAACGUGGCAAAGGUGCAGGAAGUUUUGAUUAUGUACCUCUCAAGAAAAGGGCAAAGGCGGCUAGUUUGUCCAUUUGCCCGGGCAAAGUAAUGCCUGCAGUUUUUUACCAACUCGCAAAGUCUCUUCCUAAAAAGUUCUGCCAUUGUUGAACUUUCUUCCUUGUGUUCUAUUGUCACCUCGCUUGAACCAUUGGCUCCAGUGCCCAAACGAUUUCUGGAGGUACUGCUCUGUUUUGUCUUUCAUCUGUGUCCAUACGCUUUCAGAGGACGUGCACAAAUAUGGCCAAAAUGAACGGAGAUUAGGUCAGGAGGCUCAGUCCAUUUCUGUAAAGCGAAGCAUAAAUUAGCCUUAAGGAUAGAAUGGAACGACGAUAGAAAAUAGUUUUCUUGUUCCCGUGCGUCCGUCCGUCAAUUGAUCCAUCUCCUGCAUCUGCUAUAUUUUGUGCCAUCAUCUUACAAGAAAACAAGAUUUUAGUGGAAAUUCAAUGCAAUGAUAAGUGAUGAACAUAUUUUCUGAUGUACAUAAUUUAUGCAUUGACUGAUUGCACUAAUAAAGACUACUCUGGAUAUGUUUACUUAAAUGUAAGUCAAAGCUGGAAAGCUGUGUAACGGCAACAUAUUUUGCUAAGUGCCUAAUAAAGCCUGGUCACACGUUGUAAUCUCAAAAAGUCAGCUAUGUAUGAGGCAGACAUCCCUGGACUUCAGCCACCUCAUGUAGAGUUCCCUACUGACAUUUCCUUUGAUUCUGAACUUUUGACUGCCUCCACUGCAUCUUUCAGCUGACGUUUGCAGUGAGGGGGCUACAGGCAGAAGAUGCAAAUACAUCAUCUUGUGGGAUAAGGGUUUUUCCUAGCUAAUGAGGUGGUUUUAUUAUAUUCCCCCUCCAGCUUCCCUUCAAAACCCUCAUGUUUAGAUUUUUUACACUUUAACCAUUGUAGCAGUGCUCUGUUUCUCCAACAGCUGUCACUACUUUAAGCUCAGUGUGUCCUGACACUGUCUAUAGAUAAUGUCCUCAUACAUUCCCAUGAAAUAGACAGAUGAAUGGUGACCUGGACUAUUCUGUCCGUCUGCAGAUGGAGCCUUGUAUCUUUCUUUCUUUCUUUUUUUAAGGAUACCAAAUUUGAAAUUAUGGUCGUGGAAGAAUAAAUCUAUUUACGGUGGUCUCUCUUAAAAGUAUCCUGCUGUUGUGUCAAGUGACAUACUGGCUGAUCCAAGCAGCCCUUUAAACAGCUGGGCUUCUUGCAAGCCCUGGGUUGGCUGUCAUUGCAAUUAUAUUGUUACACAGAAGCAGAGUGCAAACAAGAUAUGUAAGAGCGAGAGAGAGAGGGAGAGAAUCCACACAGAAGGGAGGGUUGGAGGAGAAGGGAGCGGUGCGAACUGUGCGCAUGAUAGCAUGAGAGCAGGAGAGAGAGGGAGCCAGCCAGCAAGCAAGCAAGGCUUACUGUUUCCCUUUACCGCUUGUGCUUCAUUCAGAAAAAGAAAGGGGGCAGUCAAAAUAGUGUUCCUCACCAUUUUUACAUGAAACCCAUCAGCACAGACAGAGCCUUUGAUUACGACAGACAGGAAGGAAACAGAGCAAGUGUGACGAUGGAGAAAGUAGAAUGAGCUGAAGAAAGUGACAGAGUGAAACACUCCUGAAUCUCAGCUGUUUACAUGGUGGAGGAAAUGGAAUUUAUUCAUCUGUACUACCUAGCAAGAUAAAACUAAUGUCAGCGUUGUCUUGGUCCAGAGCUGCUUCGGGUCCUGCUGCUGCUUCUCCUGCGAUAAUGUGCUUUUAUCUGUGAGACACCUGAUCCGACUUGGCUGGAUAUCCACGGAGCUGAGCUCUAAAUACAGGCUCCUGACAGGAGGACAGACCAUGCUGCUGCACUGAGCCGGAGGGAGAGAAAAGAGAGAGCCCUCAGAGGACCGCUGACGUGGUGGCUGGCCUGUUUUUGUGCCCCUCCCCCUUAUCUGACGGCUGUCUUCUCAGUUCACCCUAUUGCUCUCCACCCCGAGGGCUAAGGCUUGCUAUGGACGUUGCUUUGCCCCCUGCUGCAGCCCUGCACAGUGCCCUACCUUAGUGGGUUCCCCUCUUCUUCCUGUGUGUGGUUCCCAUCCAGACUCACUGUACAGAGUCCAGCACAGAUCUGGUACCACCUAAAGCCACUCCUGGGUCCUCCACCCAACCCCCUCCCCUACUCCCACCCUCCCCCCCUCCCCUAAGAAGAUGUCGGUGAGCCUGACAACAGACAUCCAGCAGGAGGGAGAGAGUGGGCUUCUCAUCGAGCCCUGCAGUCGAGGCAAGACCUCCCCUCAACCACAGGGCACUAAGGAGGGGACAGGGGAGGGCCUGGAGCCUGAGGAUAGCUCCUUACAGGAUGCACAGAAACGAGGUCCUAACCAUAGCCAUGGCAGGAAAAGGCCCAAGUCUAAUGCCAAACUGAAGCUGGUACGGAGUCUGGCAGUGUGUGAGGAGUCCUCUGGUCCAUUCUCCAAUGAUGGACCUCCAGAAUCGGAUAUCAUCCAGCUUCACAUCAGCUGUCCAUCAGACAAGGAGGAGGAGAAGUCAUCGAAGGAUGAAUAUGAAAAUGAUGACAAGGAGAAGAAGGACAAGACUCCACGAAAGAUGCUCUCACGUGACUCCAGUCAGGAAUACACCGAUUCCACGGGCAUUGAUGUUCACGAGUUUCUGGUCAACACACUGAAAAACAACCCCAGGGAUCGAAUGAUGCUGCUCAAACUAGAACAAGAUAUCCUGGAGUUCAUUAAUGACGACAAUAACCAGUAUAAGAAGUUUCCACAGAUGACGUCUUAUCACCGUAUGCUGCUGCACCGUGUGGCUGCCUACUUCGGCAUGGACCACAAUGUGGAUCAGACGGGCAAAGCUGUGAUCAUCAACAAGACCGGCAACACACGCAUCCCUGAGCAAAGGUUCUCUGAACACAUCAAGGAUGAGCGUAAUAUGGACUUUCAGAAGAAAUUCAUCCUGAAGAGAGAUGAUGCCAGCAUGGACAAGGAUGAUAAUCAGAUCCGUGUGCCACUGCAGGACGGGCGGCGUAGCAAGUCAAUUGAAGAGCGAGAAGAGGAGUAUCAGCGAGUACGAGACAGGAUCUUUGCCCGAGAAGUGUCCUAUUUUUUACAGUCUUCUCAAAAUGGAUACAUCAACGACAGCAGACUUUCCACUGAGGGCUACUGCUCUAGCUCUCAAAAGAGGAGGCAGAUCUUUAGAGGGAAUCGUGAGAGCUCCAGUCGGGCUUCUAGCAGUCGUCAAAGCAGCACAGACAGUGACAUGAAGUGCCUGGAGCCACGGCCCUGGAGCAGCACUGACUCAGACAGCUCCAACCGCACCCUCCGGCCACCCGUCACUAAGGCCAGCAGCUUCUCUGGCAUAUCCAUUCUCACCAGAGGGGAUAGCCUCGGCAGCAACAAAGGCUCACAGGGAAGCUGCAAAGGCUCUCGAUCUGGCCUGUCCCUAGUCAGUCCUGACGUGUGUCCCCCACCCGCAGCCUCCCAGUCCAGUCGUAGCCUGCUUCCCUGCCCAUCACAACAGCCACAGCAGCCACAGCCCCAGGUUCAGCCUCAGACUGCCCUGCUGCCCACCCCACAGCAACACCCCAUGGGAAACCACAUGAUCGCUCAGCCGGUGGCAUCUCUGCAGCCCUCUCAGCCUGUCUCCUACUCCAGCCCUUCCUGCCCCCAGGUUCUCCUGCCAGUUUCUCCUCCCCAGCAGUACACAAUGGGAGAAGAGCUGGCGCCCCAGUUCACCCAGAUGACGCUGAGUCGGCAGGGGUCCAGUGAGAACCCUGAGCCUCAACCUAUGUAUCAGGCUGCUCCCACGGUGAUGUCCCAGCACCCCCCUCCACAGACCGGCUAUAUCAUGGCAACCACAGGCCAGCCUAUGCAGCCUCCGUCUGGGUACCAGCCUGCCACUGGACACCCUCAUCCUCCACCUCCACCACCCCCCCCAUCGCAGCCUGUAAUGCAGGCUCCACCGCCCCCACAAGGCUACAUGCAGCCCCCUCCACCGCAACAGAUACAGGUGGCAUACUAUCCUCCUGGUCAGUAUCCCAGCUCAGGCCAGCAGUACCGUGUGCCCCAGCCCAUGUCUCACCAGGUGUCUUAUCCUGCCCAGCGCACACAACCUAUGCCUCAGCCCACACAGCAGUCAGGUAUCCAGACGAUGAUGCCCAGCCAGCAGCCGAGCUACCAGAGCAUGAUGGGUGUGCAGCAGCCCCAAAACCCUGGUCUGCUCAAUUCCCAGAGGGCAGGCAUGGGAGGACAAAUGCAAAGCAUAAUGGUCCAGUACCCACAGAUGCCAUCAUAUCAGGUGCCUGUGGGAAAUGAAAAUCAGCAGGUGGUGCAGCAGCAGUACCAGCAGCAGGUGAUGGUACCAGUCAGCCAGUCUGUGCAGGGGCCCAUGCCUGUCUACUACAGUGUUAUCACACCCACACAGCAGAAUAGCACAAGCCCGUCGGUGGGUUAUCUGCAGCCCAGCAAUGAACAGUAUCAAAUCACACAGUCACCAUCCCCCUGCAACCCCCAGCAGUUGCAGCAGCAAUAUUCAGGAGUUCCCCCUCCUGGGCCUGGGGUGAUGGUCAUGCAGCUCAGCGUCCCCAAUGGACCACAGCCUUCCCAGAAUCCUCCGCUGGUUCAGUGGAACCCAUGCAAGUACUACAGCAUAGAGCAGAGACCCAGCAAGCCAGGAGAGCUCUACAAACCUGACAACACUCCACAGGCCAGUACCCAGCUGACAAGUCCCCUGGCCUCCCCCACUCAGUCGCCCACCCCAUCUCCCUCCGGCAGUGUCAGCAGUGUCUGUCCAGGCCUUGGACCAUUACCCCUCAUUACCCAGUUUCCCCGGCCAGGAGGACCAGCCCAAGGUGACGGGCGCUACUCUCUGUUGGGGCAGCCUCUCCAGUACAGCCUUUGUCCGCCUGGCCUCAUACAUGGCCAGUCCUCCUACAGCUCCCAUCAGGGCCAAGGAGUAAUGAAACACGGGUCACGAGGAAAAAAACAAACACUCAAAUCUGCAUCUACAGAUCUCGGCACCACUGAUGUUGUGGUGAGUCGAGUACUCGAGGUAACGGACCUGCCGGAGGGGAUUUCACGCCCAGAGGCUGAAAAGCUCUUCAACCAGCUGUCAAUGUGCGGUGCCAAGAUCCAGUGGCUGAAGGAGCCCCAGGGAGGCCGCGGAGGAGCGGGGGGCUGCGGCCCCUGUCCCGGCGCAGGGCCUUCCAGUAUGGGAGCGAAGUGCGACGGCCACGACCCAGCUCACCUCUACACAGUAGUGGCAGUGUUUCCCAGCACCAUGGCCGCCCAGAGUGCUUCCUUCAAACUCAACAACAGCGGGGCCAGCCUCUUCAAACUGAGGGCCGCCAAAAAGAACUAUGACCUGCGCGUGCUGGAGAGAGCCAGUUCUCAGUGAAAGAAAACGAGAGGGGGAGGAGAGAAAGAAAGUGACAGAGACAGAAAGAAAGAGAGACUCUUGGUGGAUUGGUGGAAAAGGAAGGAGGACUGAGGGGGACUGCUCUUAGUGUACAAUUCAAAAGCGAGAAAAGAAAAAAAAACUUGAGUUAAAUUUAUAAAAGGGAAGAAGGUGUGAAUCAGGAGGUGGCUGGUGAUCGGUUGCAAUUAUGAUUUUGUCGUUUGUUUUUAUUCAUUGUUUUUGUUUUGUAUUUAUAUAGCAGAAGAGCACACAAGACACGUGAGCAUGUGUUUCACUGUUGCCGUGGAAUGUGUGCUGCCAUUAUACAAUAACAUGCAAUCUCGCACACACACACACACACACACACACACACACACACACACACACACACACACACAUCAUCCCAGGAGACAAACACAGGCAACAGGGUCACGUAGCACAUAACAAAAACACACUGGACAGUCGACCUCAGUCAAACCUUUUCCUCCUCUUCCUCCUCACCCCCUCUGCUCUCCAACCCUUCGUCCUUUUUCUGCCUCCACUUUCUCUCCUCCCUUCACUCUCCGUCACCCAGCCGUCUGCUAAUCUCACAUAUUUAUACAUUUUUCAUACGCACAGUUGCGCGCUCUCUCGCUCUCUCUCUCACUCUCUCUUGGCCCUCCCUCGCCGCUGCUCCCUCUUUUCUUGCCAUGUGUCAUAUCUCCGCUCCUCUGUCCCUCUCAUGUACGCUCUGCUCUCUCUCCUCUCUUGCUUUCUGUUUGCCUUACUGCUGUUGUGGGUUUCUGUAUUGCGCUGUUUUUUGUUUUUUUUCUGAGAUUUUUUUUCCUUUUUUGGGGUUCAAUAUAUUUAUAUAAGUGAUGUAAGGAAUAAAAGAAAUCUAUAUAUUCAGUGAUUUUUUUCUUUCUUUUCCUGAGUGACAAAAGUUUAGGCCUUCCUUUUAUCCUUUACUCCUCUCCUCCUCUUCAUCCCCUUAUUCUCCUCUUCGGCCCUCUACCUCACUUCCUCUGUCCUCUAUCCCACAUCCUCCUCCUCCUCCUCCCCCCCCCUCGCUCCACCCCGACGCCCCACUGUGUUUGCGUUUUUUUGUUGACAGCUGUGCAGAACGUAUCAGAAGAAGUAGUGUAAGUGCACAAUGAUUGCAUAUGUCUACUGUAAAUUUUAUUUAAUCUGUUAUUUUUUGUUUGUUUUUAAAAAUAUAAAAGUCGAGAAAAAAUCUAUCAAAACAUC